UUUUCAUCCAUCGUUUGAUACUGCUGCUGCCGAUAAACAUAACCCCUCUUUCAAGUGGUGUGGUGGCGCAGUUGUCCUCGUGCUUCACGAGUGCUGCGCAUAUUUGUUUUGUUUACUGAUUAAUUCCCGUUCUAAUUGUAAUAUCCAAGAUGGGGAAAACGUCAAGCAGGACGGGUCCUCCCCGUAAGGAGGGUUACAUCAAGAAGCAUAAUCACAGUAUGAACCCCAAUCGCAGCACAGAAAAUCUUAAAGGAGUUGCGAACCCUCGUUCCAAGAGCACAAUCAACCGUUUGCAGAUGUACAGAAACUUUAAAGCAAAGCGAGCCAAGAAUGGUGAAAUGCUCCAAGCAGCGCCUUUCCAAGGAUGGGUCAAUUCAGGAACCAUGGCACGAGUCGAGCCUAAUCCAAAGUGGUUUGGCAACUCCCGUGUCAUUGGACAGAGUGCCCUUCAAAAAUUUCAAGACGAACUUGGGACUGCCAUCAAAGAUCCCUACCAAGUUGUCAUGAGAGCCACUAGGUUGCCUGUUACCUUGCUCAAUGAAAAGGCCAAGAAUGCCCGUGUGCACAUUCUUGAUACUGAGGGUUUUGAUAAAGUCUUUGGACCUAAGAAAAAUCGUAAAAGGGUGAAUCUGAAAUUCCGAGACGUUGAAUCACUCACUGAAACUGCAUCUACAACUCAAGAAACAUAUGACAACAGUAAGGAUCAUGACCUUUUGAGGGAUGAUGGAGGUGUGAAACAAGCCACAAGUGAAUGGAUUAUGGGUGCAGGUCUGAGUAAGAGAAUUUGGAAUGAACUUUACAAAGUAAUUGACUCAUCGGAUGUUGUCAUCCAAGUUUUGGAUGCUAGAGAUCCCAUGGGCACUCGUUCACCACAACUGGAAGCAUUCUUAAAGGAAGAAAAGAAGCACAAGCAUCUCAUUUUUAUUCUGAACAAGGUGGAUCUCAUCCCCAAUUGGGUAACUCAGCGUUGGGUUGCAAUCCUCAGUGCUGAAUAUCCGACCAUCGCCUUUCACGCCUCUCUCAAUCAUCCAUUCGGAAAAGGCGCUUUAAUCAACUUAUUACGUCAGUUUGGAAAGUUACAUGACGACAAGAAGCAAAUCAGUGUAGGUUUGAUUGGUUAUCCAAAUGUUGGAAAGAGUUCUGUAAUCAACACACUUCGGUCCAAGAAAGUAUGCAAGGUUGCCCCCAUAGCUGGUGAAACCAAAGUUUGGCAGUAUAUUACAUUGAUGAAGAAGAUAUUCCUCAUUGAUUGUCCUGGUGUGGUUAAUGCUGUUGGAGAAAGUGACACAGACAAAGUUCUGAAGGGAGUAGUCCGGACUGAAUUAGUUGAAAAUCCUGACGACUAUAUUCCUGCUGUAAUGGAAAGAGUACGUAAAGAAUAUUUAGUUAAGACAUACAAAAUUGAUGACUGGGACUCUCCUCAAGAUUUUUUGAAGAAGUUAGCUCAUAAAGGUGGUAAGCUACUGAAGAAAGGAGAACCGGACUACGCCAUUGUUGCUCGUAUGGUUCUAAAUGACUGGCAGCGUGGCAAGUUACCAUUUUAUGUCCCUCCUGCAGGGUUUGAGAACCCUCUAUCGGCAAAGGCUGUAAUCGAAACUGCCCCAGCAGCAGACAAAGUAGUAAUAACAGAAGCUGCAAAUGGUGAUGUCCAAGUGUCUGGAGAAAUCAAGAAGGAUGACCCCAAUCCUUUCCAGAUUGUUCAGGACUUCUCACAAAUCAGAGUUGUGCUGGACUACAACAAGGAAGACAAUCCAUUCCCUACAAAGGAAGAAAAGGAAGCAGCUAUGACCAGAAAGAAACAGAAGAUUGAAAUGAAAGAGGCAAAUAAGAAUAAGAGCAAGUAUGUGGCUCACGACUCAGACUCAUCUGAAAGUGAUGUUGCAUCGGAUGAUGAAGAUGUUCGCAAUGACCCUAUACCUUCCCCAGUCCAGAAACCACAGCUGAAACUUACCAGCAAGAUGCGGCGGCGCAUUGAGCGUGAACAGAAACGAAAGAAGAUUGGAAGUAAUUUCUAUGAAGUCGCUAAUGUUAAAAACAGAAGUCAUAGGAAAUGAGCUGCUUAGUCAAUUGUGAUACAUAAUUAUUUUCUUUGGUCUAUAUUACUUUUUGUCCCUUAUCAAAUUUCAAAAUUUUGAUUCCUGUUGAACAAGACAAAGUGUAUAAAAUGCAUAUAAGUGCUCGUGUUAUAGAAUUGUG